AGUGCUGGGCCGCCCUUCCUGCCAGCCUCCCGAACGCUCCUCCCCAGUCCACGGCGCAUCCACCUCUACCUUCACCCGCCAGCCUAUCAGAGCAUCUAUCCCACGCCCACCUCACCUGUUCAUCUGUCUGUCUGUCUGUCUAUCUGUCCUAUCUCUCUCCAGAUGUCGGUGCUGGCGGUGUGGGGGGCGGCGGCCUCCCUCCUCGCCGCCACAGCUGAGGGCUUGGCUAUCCUGCCCCGCCCUGGUCUUCCCUUGGUGGGCCCCGUCGCGCCUAUCGCUGCGCUUCCCAUAGCUUCCCUCUUGGCACUGGGGGCCGCCGUGGGGAUCGGGGUGCUGCAGAACGGCGGGCGCGCGGUGACCUUGGACGAGUGGAAGCGGAUGAAGGACAAAGACAACUAUGACAUCGUGUACGACUACGACUACGCGAAACCCUACAGGAAGCUAAUCUACUUCCCUGCCAGCGCUCCUGACGAUAGUGACGCCUACUUUGACUCGGCGGAGGAGCAUGGGGGGGCGGAAGAAGGGGAACCGGAAGAAAGGAGAAGGGUAUCAUUUAACACUCCCUACGGCCCAUAACCCUCAGUACCCCCCCUGCCCAGUCACGCCCACAACGCCCACGGACCCCCAUACCGAGCAGCCACCAGGUCCUUCGUAUUCCCAGGGAGCGUACCCACACCCAGAGGAGCUCUUUAACCAGCGCUACAAGAGAGGUAUAGAAAACGGUGAACUGGACAUGGAGAUGGAGAAGAUUACGAAGGGGAUAGAGGAGUUGGCAGUAGAGGAGGACCCGAAGAGAUUCCAGGAGGAGGUGAAGGAACUCAGCGGUCAGGUCCUGCAGCUUGAUAGGGACGACUGCCUCCUCAAGCUUCUGUGUCACCUGCAGAAGAAGCCACAGGAGGAGAGGACCCUGCAGGACAAAACGUUGCUGAAUGUGUUCCAGGUCACCGUGGCUAAGGAUGACCUAACUUGUGGUGACGAGUUCCCCCGGUGCCCAGUGGAGGAGCUGCAGCUAAUGGAGGCCUUCUCGUACCUGUGGCACCUGCAGAACGAUGUCUAGGGAGGAGUGGUGGGAUUGAUAGGGCGACAGGAGUUUGGCAGUAGUGAGUCUAAUUUAUGAGUACGAAUGUCUGUGUGUGUGUGUGUGUGUGUGUGUGUGUGUGUGUGUGUGAGUGUGUGUGUGUGUGUGUGUGUGUGUGUGUGUGUGUGUGUGUGUGUGUGUGUUUCCUUACGUGUGGUUUUUGUAAAGGCCAGUAUUUGUUGUAAGGUUUCUCUCUCUCUCUCUCUCUCUCUCUCUCUCUCUCUCUCUCUCUCUCUCUCUCUCUCCUCUCUCUCUCUCUCUCUCUCUCUCUCAUGUAUCCGCGGUGCUCUGUAAACCAAUUUGUAUUUACGUAUAAAGAAAAAAACAACUCA